AGAGAAAGAAUGAGGAAGAGCUCCUGGUCCCAACAACACAUGCGGGCUUGCUGAUGAGGCGCCGCCGCGGUCAUUCAGGUCGCUCCGGAGGCGCUCCGUGGAAACAAGCCGCCGGCAGCCGCCGAGACAACAUCGCCACCACCGCCGAGAGAUAAACAAACAAAGAUAGACGGAAGGAAACAAACAAAAAAAAGUGCCCGUUCAUGGGAAUCCGGACCGGUUCUACCCCCCUCGUCUCGUGUGCGCCUCUCCGCCGUAUAAGAAGCGCCUCACUCGGAUCACCUCCACUCCUCCUCGGCCGGCAGACGCGGCUCCUCCCCCGGACUGCACUCACCGCUCACGGCGCGUAAAGAAAGCGAAGGUUCUUCAUAGCUUGGCGCCAUUCCGGACGUCACCAUGGCGCGAAGGCUGCCAGCGCUCGCCCUCGUCCUCCUCAUCGAGCUCCAUCCUCUGCUCGCCGGCGCCCCCCCAGAGCCCGGCGUGGGCGCCUCGGUGUCGGCGGUGUCCACCAACAGAACGGAAUGCAGCAAGCCCGAGGAGUGCUCGCCGGGCGUGGUCCUCCCCGUGUGGAAGCCCGUGAACCCGUCGUUCGGUGACAAGGUGGCCCGGGCCACGGUGUACUUCGUGGCUCUGGCCUACAUGUUCCUGGGCGUGUCCAUCAUCGCCGACCGAUUCAUGGCGUCCAUCGAGGUGAUCACGUCCCAGGAGAAGGAGAUUACCAUCAAGAAGCCCAACGGCGAAACCACCACCACGACCGUCCGCAUCUGGAACGAGACCGUCUCCAAUCUCACCCUCAUGGCGCUGGGCUCCUCGGCACCCGAGAUCCUACUGUCGGUCAUCGAGGUCAUAGGUCACGGCUUCAACGCCGGCACCCUGGGCCCGUCCACCAUCGUGGGCUCGGCCGCCUUCAACAUGUUCGUCAUCAUCGGGCUUUGCGUGUACGUGGUGCCCGACGGCGAGACCAGGAAGGUGAAGCACUUGCGGGUGUUCUUCGUCACGGCCUCCUGGAGCAUCUUCGCCUACAUCUGGCUCUACCUGAUCCUGUCCGUCAUCUCGCCCGGCGUGGUGCAGGUGUGGGAGGCGCUGCUCACCUUCUUCUUCUUCCCCAUCUGCGUGGUCUUCGCCUGGGUGGCGGACCGCCGCCUCCUCUUCUACAAGUACGUCUACAAGCGCUACAGGACCGGCAAGCAGCGGGGAAUGAUCAUCGAAACCGAGGGCGACCGUCCGCUUCCUUCUAAGGUGGACAUCGAGAUGGACGGCAAGAUGCUGAACUCUCACGGCGUCGACUUCCUGGACGGUCCGCUGGGUUUGGACAUCGACGAGAAGGACUUGGACGAGGAGGAGACCAGGAGAGACAUGGCGAAAAUCCUGAAGGAGCUCAAGCAGAAGCACCCCGACAAAGAGGUGGAGCAGCUCAUCGAGCUGGCCAACUACCAGGUCCUCAGCCAGCAGCAGAAGAGUCGCGCUUUCUACCGCUGCCAGGCCACCCGCCUCAUGACGGGCGCCGGCAAUAUCCUGAAGAAGCACGCCGCCGACCAGGCGCGGAAGGCCGUCAGCAUGCACGAGGUCCGCGCCGACGUCGCCGACAACGACCCCGUCUCCAAGGUCUUUUUCGAGCCCGCCACCUACCAGUGCCUGGAGAACUGCGGCACCGUGGCGGUGAACGUGGUGCGGCGCGGCGGCGACCUGGCCAAGACCCUCUCUGUGGAGUACCGCACGGAAGACGGCACGGCCAACGCCGGCUCGGACUACGAGUUCACCGAGGGCGUGGUGGUGUUCAAGCCCGGCGAGACCCUCAAGGAGAUCCGCGUGGGGAUCAUCGACGACGACAUCUUCGAGGAGGACGAGAACUUCCUCAUCCACCUCUCCAACGUGAAGAUGCUGACCUCGGAAGGGGAGGAACCCGCCGAGGACGAGUCGGCCAAUCACGUGGACGCGGCGGCCUGCCUGGGCCUGCCCUCCACGGCGACCGUCACCAUCUUCGACGACGACCACGCCGGCAUCUUUACCUUCGAGGAGCCCGUGUUCCACGUGAGCGAGAGCGUGGGCACCAUGGAGGUGAAGGUGCUGAGAACGUCGGGCGCCCGCGGCGUGGUCAUGCUGCCCUACAAGACGGUGGAAGGCACGGCGCGGGGCGGCGGCGAGGACUUCGAAGACGUGCACGGCGUCCUGGAGUUCCAGAACGACGAGAUCUUUAAAAUCAUCAAGGUGAAGGUCAUUGACGACGAGGAGUACGAGAAGAACAAAACCUUCUACGUAGAGAUCGGCGAGCCUCGCCUGGUGGAGAGCGACGACCCCAAAGGUCGGGAGGAGGAGGAGAAGCAGAAGCAGGAGGAGGUGGAGAAGGAGGAGGAGGAGACGCUGACAGGAAAGGACGAGGAGGAAAGACGCAUCGCUGAGAUGGGUCGCCCCAUGCUGGGAGACCACGUCAAACUGGAGGUGAUCAUCGAGGAGUCUUAUGAGUUCAAGAACACAGUGGACAAGCUGAUAAAGAAGACCAACCUGGCUCUGCUGGUAGGAACCAACAGCUGGAGAGACCAGUUCAUCGAGGCCAUCACCGUCAGCGCAGGCGAGGACGACGACGACGACGAGUGCGGCGAGGAGAAGCUGCCGUCGUGCUUCGACUACGUCAUGCACUUCCUCACCGUCUUCUGGAAGGUUCUGUUCGCCUUCGUGCCGCCCACAGACUACUGGAACGGCUGGGCGUGCUUUGUGGUGUCCAUCUGCAUGAUCGGGCUGCUCACCGCCAUCAUCGGCGACCUGGCGUGUCACUUUGGCUGCACAGUCGGCCUGAAAGACUCCGUCACAGCUGUUGUGUUUGUCGCGUUGGGAACGUCGGUACCAGACACCUUUGCCAGCAAGGUGGCGGCCAUCCAGGAUCAGUACGCCGACGCCUCCAUUGGCAACGUGACAGGAUCCAAUGCUGUCAACGUGUUCCUGGGCAUCGGGGUGGCGUGGUCCAUCGCCGCCAUCUACCACCAGAGCAUGGGGAACGAGUUCAGGGUGGACCCGGGCAAGCUGGCCUUCUCCGUCACGCUCUUCACCAUCUUUGCCUUCAUCUGCGUCGCCAUUCUGAUGUACCGGCGGCGGCCAGAGAUCGGCGGCGAGCUGGGCGGGCCGCGGACUGCCAAGGUCCUGACCACCAUGCUCUUCGUCAGCCUGUGGCUCCUCUACAUCCUCUUCUCCUCGCUGGAGGCCUACUGCCACAUCCAGGGCUUCUAGGACCACCAGCCUGCGGGGACGGGCGGUCUUUGCUCUCUUCAUUCCCAAGUUACGGAGGGACACGUGGAGCAGGAGAGUUCUUUGAAUGCAUUUCUUCUUUUUCUUUUUUUUUUUUCUCAACUUAAACAUGAAGCCACUAAAAAACUCGUCUUAAGUCCCCAUUUUCACACACCUGGUAGAAAAUCGAGCGAAAGGACUGAAAUUGUCGCGUACAGGUCGAGUCGCGUACUGUGAAAAGACAAAAACACGUUUUCGCCGCGUGAGACUGAAAAACGCUUUCGUCGGCUUGUAGAAAACGCUCGUCGGAGGGGGGGGGCAGAGAAAAUGUAAAUAUGGCCGACUUUCCUCUCUGUUUAGCUGAAUGUUGCGGCUCUGCUCUCCUCUUUCUCUUGCUUUGGAGACGAGACGAGCGGGGAAGGGGGUUAGCCUGCUUAUACCUUUAAUAAGGCCACACAACAUGGCCGCUGUACCGUUUAAAACUGUUAGAGUGCAUAAACACACGCAUAUAAAUAUAUAUGUAUAAAUAUCUAGGUUCAUUUAACGUGUUUGUUUCCAAGAAAGUAAGGUAAAACCUCAUAGAUGUGUGUCUUAAUGAAACCCCGCCCCCCUGUCGCCAAUAGACCAAUCAGAAUCCUUAAGGGCUUUGCAGUAACGACUCCUUGUUUUUGUCUUCAGGAUGAUUAUUGUCAGACCUUCCUGCUAUGACAGGAAGUGCGAGCGGCGUCAGGUAGACUUGGAAAUCUCAAGUUUGGAGGAAAAUGUGAGUAAAUCAUCACAAAAUGUCUUUAAUUUUUUUAUUUUAUUUUUUAUUUUUUUGGACAACCCAAGAAAAAAAAAGGCAUGUCCGCACUGCAAAAACUGACAUCCAAGCAAGCUCAAAAAUGUCAACAAUGCAUCUUUUGUCGGACCAAUUUGCGUAUCUUAAGUAAUAUGAACUAAAAAUAGCUUCUUAAAUGGCCAGUUUUAUCCUGUUUUCUACUUCGAGGCUUCAAUGUCCCGCAAUAGUAUUGGAAGGGUUAGCUUUCAUGCUAGCAUUUAGCACAAGUGGCUCCGAAGAAGAACUGUUGUGUACUUCUAAAACACACACUGGAACUUUUGUCCAACAUAAUGGAUGUUUUAUGUCAAAUACAACUUUGUAACUUUAAGGAGUGGGACGAACGUUAGCAACACUAGCAUAUGUUAGCUGCAUGCUAACUAUACACUCACAUUUCAAAACAGCCGCAUCAUGCUAGGUUAGCUUAUUGGCUAAUUUGGCUUUAUUUGUUUCAUAUUGGUUUAUUGGCUAGAUAUAUAUAUUAUAUAUUAUUAUUAUUUUCCUUUGGCUAAAGGUUUUGUUUACCUCGAUUUCUAUUUAACCCUCAGGGGACAAAUACAGAUUUUUUUUUGUUCUAUCAGUAAAUUUUGGCCAAAAUCUUUUGUUGUGUUACUCCAUUACACAAAAAACUUUUCAUGUUAAAUUUACAGAUACAAUGGCAGUUAUUACAUACAAAAUACAAUACCUCAAAGCCAUUUUUUAAAGGGUAUAAAACCAUUUUGGAGUCUUUUUUUUUUUUUUUUUUACUAUUUUUACUCAAAGCCCCGAACAAAAAGACCGAACAUGUAUUUUUUUUUAACCUUUUAAAUGCCUCUUGAUCAAAUGGUGUCACAGUUGGCAAUCAGUACAAAUUUGCAUAACAUCAUUUAUUUUACUAAUUUAAAUCUGUGACAUUAUCUGAUCAAAACGCCUUAAAAAGGUAAAAAAAUAAAAUUAAAAAAAUACAUAUUUUUUAGGGGUGCACCGAAAAGUAAUCUCUUGUCCGAAUCGGGAUUUUCAAAAAACAAAUAUAUUUUGUAUUUUUUUUUUUUUUAAACAUGUUUUUUUUGUUUUUUUAAUUACUCAUUUAAAUCCGUGACAUUAUCUGAUCAAAAAUCCUUAAAAAGGUAAACAAAAAAAAUACAUAUUUUUUAAGGGUGCACCGAAAAGUUAUCUCAUGUCCGAAUCGGGAUUUUUAAAAAACAAAUAUAUAUUUUAUUUAUUUAAAAAAAAAAACAUGUUUAUUGUUUUUUUUAAUUACUCAUUUAAAUCUGUGAAUUACUCAUUUAAAUCUGUGACUUUAUCUGAUCAAAAAGCCUUAAAAAGGUAAACAAAAAAAAGACAUAUUUUUUAAGGGUGCACCGAAAAGUAAUCUCAUGUCCGAAUCGGGAUUUUCAAAAAACAAAUAUAUUUUUUAUUUAUUUAAAAAAAAAACAUGUUUUUUUGUUGUUGUUUUUUUAAAUAAAUAAAAAAGACAUAUUUUUUAGGGGUGCACCGAAAAGUAAUCUCAUGUCCGAAACGGGAUUUUCAAAAAACAAAUAUAUCUUUUAUUUAUUUAAAAAAAACAUGUUUUUUGAUUUUUUUAAUUACUCAUUUAAAUCUGUGACAUUAUCUGAUCAAAAAGCCUUAAAAAGGUAAACAAAAAAAAGACAUAUUUUAAUCUCAUGUCCG